AUGGGUAAGAACAGUAAGGACAAGAGAGAUAUGUAUUAUCGUAAGGCGAAGGAACAAGGUUUCCGAGCCAGAUCUGCAUUCAAACUAUUACAGUUAAAUGAUGAUUUCCAUUUCCUAGAUGAUCCAAAUCUGAAACGUGUGGUUGAUUUAUGUGCUGCACCUGGGUCAUGGUCUCAAGUUCUUUCUCAAAAAUUGUUUGAUGGAAAGACUGCUGAGGAGAUAAAAGAUAGAAAGAUUGUUGCUGUGGAUCUUCAACCAAUGUCUCCAAUAAAUCAUGUGACCACAUUGCAAGCAGACAUUACGCACCCAAAGACUUUGAAAAGGAUUCUAGAUCUUUUUGGGAAUGAGAAGGCUGAUUUUGUCUGCAGUGAUGGUGCUCCAGAUGUCACCGGGUUACAUGAUUUAGACGAAUAUGUCCAACAACAAUUAAUUAUGAGUGCAUUACAGUUGACAGCUUGCAUUUUGAAGAAAGGUGGUAUUUUUGUAGCUAAAAUUUUUAGAGGAAGAGACAUUGAUAUGCUAUAUUCUCAAUUGGGCUAUCUAUUUGAUAAAGUAGUAUGUGCCAAGCCAAAAUCAUCUAGAGGUACAUCAUUGGAAGCUUUCAUUGUCUGCAUAGGAUAUAAUCCUCCAUCUGAUUGGGUAUCAACUUUGGAUGUAAAUUCAUCUGUGGAGGAAUUUUUCAGUGGGUGUCAUAUGAGUAAACUAAGCAUUCAUGAUAAGCUUCCUUCGUGGCAAGAGGAUGAGAGAACUAUUGCCAAAUUUAUGUCAUGUGGGAACCUUGAAAGUUUUGACUCGGAUGCAACAUACCAUUUGGAUGAUUUUAAAGAAGAUCUAAACACAUCUUUGGAUCCUGUUCAAAGUCCGACAAAUCCUCCUUAUAAGAAGGCAUUAGAAUUAAAGAGAAGUGGGAAGUUAACAAGGGCUGUGUAA